UGCGCCGAUCGCGCGCCGUUAGCAGCAGCGUUUCCUGCUUUGCUCUUUCCUCCUGAAGCAAUGGCAGAAGUGAAAGCUUCCGUGAUUUGUGGAGUUCUAGCUGCUUUCUUGUGCUCAGCGGUGCUUGGUUUUGUUGAAGACCUUGACGAAACGUUUAAGGACACCAGAGAGAAUGAUGUCUGGCUGGUUGAUUUCUACGCGCCGUGGUGCGGUUACUGUAAAAAGCUGGAGCCAGUAUGGUUGGAGGUGGGAGCAGAGCUGAAGAGCUCCGGGUCACCAGUACGUGUUGGAAAGAUGGACGCCACUGCUUACUCUGGAAUGGCGUCAGAGUUUGGCGUUCGAGGUUACCCCACGAUAAAAGUGUUAAAGGGCGACCUUGCCUACAGCUACAAGGGACCCAGAACAAAAGACGAUAUUGUGGAGUUUGCCAACAGGGUGGCGGGACCAGCCGUUCGGGCUCUUCCCAGCAAGCAGAUGUUUGAGCACAUGUUGAAGCGGCACGACGUUCUUUUUGUGUACGUCGGGGCAGACUCUCUUCUUAAAGAGAAGUACAACGAUGUCGCUGCUGAACUUAUUGUCUAUACUUACUUCUUCUCGGCUUCAGAGGAAGCUUUGCCAGAGUCUGUGUCUUUGUCAGAGCUGCCGGCAGUCGUGGUCUUCAAGGAUGGAUCUCAUUUUACUUACGAUGAGUAUGAGGACGGCAGCCUGUCAUCAUGGGUGAACAGGGAGCGCUUUCAAGGAUACCUUCAGAUUGAUGGCUUCACGUUGUAUGAGCUUGGAGACACAGGCAAACUGGUGGCAAUUGCGGUCAUCGACGAGAAGGACCCCACUGAGCAGAGCGGCAGAUUAAAGACCUUGAUGCAGCGGGUGGCGAAGGAAUACAGAGAACAGUUUAACAGAGAUUUCCAGUUUGGCCACAUGGAUGGGAACGACUACAUUAACAGCCUCAUUAUGGGGGAAGUGACAGUGCCCACCGUUAUCAUCCUUAACACAUCCAACGAGCAGUACUUCUUGCCCGGCGAGCCGAUUGAGAGCGUGGAGCAGCUGGUCCAAUUCAUCAGCAGCGUUCUGAACGGCUCUGCACAGGCGUAUGGGGGUGAUGGCUUCAUGCAGCGGAUCAAACGCGUGGCCUUUGAUGCCAGGUCCACCAUCAUGUCAGUUUUCCGCAGCUCUCCUCUACUGGGUUGCUUCCUGUUCGGCCUCCCGCUCGGCGUUAUCAGCCUGAUGUGCUACGGCAUCUGCACGGCAGAAUCGGAUGACAGCUUGGACGAAAAAAGGGAGGGCUUCACUGAUGAGGAGGAAGAAGAUGAGGAGGAAGAGGAGCAGCUACAAGCUGCUGAGUUGAAAGGCCCUGAAGAAGAGGAGGAUGUUGGAGAAAAGGAUCUGAAAGAGAAGAAAACUGAUUAA